GCCAACAUCACAGGCUAAUGCAGUUUCCCACCAUGCCAUUAAUCUCCGUCUGUGGACCGUCUGAUCGUCACACAGGUUGCCUUCAUCCGUCCUGUCACCCUUAGGACUGCGUGUCGGACCUGAUCUCUGGGUGUCCCCGGUAACGGUAUGAAAUCGACACACUGAGAAAGGAGCAUCUCCUCCUUGUCCUUUUUCUCCUCCAGAAGCGGAGCACGGCUCUCCUUCUCCUACCGGCGGAGAGAUGAGGAAUCGACUGGCCGAUUUAGCCUUGACAUUCUGGCUAUUUCUAGAGUGUGUAGAAGCCAAAAAGUACUGCUGGUAUUUCGAAGGUGGAUACCCCAUCUACUUCAUAUGUCGCUCCUAUGAAGACUGCUGUGGGACUCGCUGCUGUGUCAGAGCCCUGUCCAUCCAGAGACUAUGGUACUUCUGGGUGCUGCUGAUGAUGGGAGUAUUGUUCUGCUGCGGUGCUGGCUUCCUGAUCCGCAGAAGGAUGUAUCCCUCCCCUCUGAGAGAUGAGCCAGCCUUCAACGUCUCCUUCACCAGGCACCCAGUCAACUCACCCGUUUCCCAACAGCCAGGGAGUAUGCAAGGCUUCGGGGUCAACGGGAUGACAGGCGGUGACCCAGGGGUUACCAUGACACACCCUGCGUACCCCGCUCAGCCCGGCCCUGCACAUAUGAUGAUGGCCUCCUAUCCUCCACCUCCAUCAUACUGCAACCACCCACCCCCAUCCUAUGAACAGAUAUUUCAAAACAGCGACAAGAAGUAAUAUACACGAGAAACGUACAAAAUGGAACUCGACGAGGAUAAGCAAAGAAAGGAGGCAUGUAGAGGCUGAAUAUUCACAAGGUUCACAUGAAGAUGAGGACGGGGAGAGCUUGCCAACUCUUUUGCAAAAUGAACUGUUGAGGACGUAAGACUUUAAGAACACACCCUUUUUUUUGUCCUGCAGAAAAAGACAAAAAGAUGCACAGUAACUAGAUCAAGAUGCACAGAAAUACCCUCAUCCACUCACAUACAGUGCUUCUUCAUCUGAAGUGCUCCAUGUACUCUUCAUUAUUGUGAAUCCAUGUGUACAGUGACCCUCUCAGCCUUUGUUGAUCUGAAGACUUGCAAGAAUUGAACCAUUAGUUAGGAGGUUUUGGAUUCACAUCAUGCCACCUGUCCCCACUUCCCCUUUCAAUGCAGCUAAAGCUAAAACGGUGCAGAGCCCAACAGAACAUCACAGUCAAACUCAUUGUGUAAUAAAAUGCUGGGGUUUGUAUGUAUUAACAUACAGUUUUUUUCAUAAUUGUGAACUGAAUAGCUGAAAAAUAAGAAAACAAAUUAAUCAAAAGAUAUUGGGAGUCACAUAAGAAAGCUAUUGCAAGUAUGUCAAGAACUUAUUUCCUAUCCAGCAUUUUACUGCAAGAUGGGCUCUUAACUAAAUGAUGAGUUCUUGAUGAAUUUUUUAUAACAGUAUGUGUAGUCCAGUUAUGUAAAGACAUAAUGAGCUGUACCAGUAGUCACAGGCUUGUUCUCCUGUUAGAGGCAAUGUUCCCCACAAGAUGAGUCAGACAUGAACAGUGACGCCGAGAUGGAGCAGAGGCUGAUCGUAUGCCAAUCAGGUUUUAACCAAAUAUAGAGUCUCAGUGGUGUUUCACUUGAUGAUUUGUACACUGCUGCUGUUGAACAUUUGAUAAUAAAAUAGCAUGACAUGCUUAAUUUUA